AUGGAAACCAAUACCUUCCCAGCAGGACUCCUCGGCAACUACUACUCCGUCCGUCACGAACUAGGUCUCUACCGUUCCUGUGCCGUAACAUCCUACUACAGCUUCAGACCUAGCACUCCCAAUCCCAUUCCUGAACUAACCUCCCGCCUCCAACACGCUCUAAGCAAAACCAUAGAAAAACACCCCUCGCUCUGUUACGGUCUCCUCCCGGGCUCAAAAAGCCACAACCUCCCCGCCCGAUUUAAACGACUUCCCCAAAUUUCCUGGGACGAUCUCGUAUCCAUCUCCUCGGUCCAUACAAGCAGCGAUGCUCCAUCCCAGGAAACGCGUAUUUGCGAAGAGCUAGGAGCUUCUCACGAGCAGCUCUUCCAGGACCAGGAAACCAAACCCGCCUGGAAACUUCGGGUUCUCGUGCACGAGAUGGAAGAUCAGACUUGCAAGGUCUACAUACUCUUUGUAGUGAAUCACGCCAUUGCCGAUGGAUUAAGCUGUGCUUCUUUUCAACGGACUUUGCACGAGCAAUUGUCACUAGCGACAGUAGAAACGGUUGAGAAAUAUAGUGUGCAGUGGCCGUAUAUAGUACCGAACACCAUCGGGAAACCAAUAGCCAUCGAGGACGCCAUGCAAAUCAGUCCCCCAGGCUACGAAUCUUUCGCACCCACCACAGCACCUCUCACAGACGAAAAAGAGAAAGAAGAAAAAACAUGGGCAGGAAACUUCCCCAACAUGCCCACCAUCGAAUCCUACAAAUCUCUUGUCCUCCUCGUGGCCGUUCCCCCCGAAAAAGUCCAGCGAGUGGUAGAAACGAGUCGCCGUCUGAAAAUCACCGUCACGGGUUAUCUGCACGGGUUGAUCACCAGCUAUCUUGCGCGCGCGGUCGUGACAAAUGAACAGCUGCGUCUCAAAGCGUGCACGCCAUACUCGCUGCGGAAAUUUAGCAAACUCCCACUGAGUGACGUAGCAAACCACGUAGCCUUCAUAACCACAACGUGGGACGCGGGACUGUUAGACCAAAUCCGUCAUGCGAGAGAGGAAUCCCCCGAAGAAGAAGCAUUGAUUGCCACGAUGGGAAGACAGAUAACCCAAGAGAUCUCGACAGAUCUGAGCAGAAUCGAAGCCGGAGGCGGCGUCCCACAAUUGAGGAACGUUGCAGAGAUUGACGACGUGGAAUCGUACUGUCUCGCGGGAAUGUCAGCAGAGCGAUCAGAAACUUACGAACUAUCGAACCUGGGCGUGGUUAAAUUGAACAGAGUCCCCGAAGAGAAUUCUCUAAAACUCAACGGCCUGAUAUUUUCGCAAUGCGGAAUGGUAUUCGGUGCCCCUUUCGGAUGCAAUGUUGUGAAUCUCGAAGACGGACCAUUGGUCAUUAGUUUAACGUGGCAGAAAAGUGGUGUAGAGGACGAGGUCGUGCAAGGAUUGCAGCAGUUUUUGAAGAAGAGAUUAGGAGCAUAA